GUAUUUAAUGGCGACUGCGGCGGCCACCCGCGCCGUCGGCUUUCACCGCCGGCUGUCGCUAGAUGCAAACUACCUGGAUGGUUUGGUGGCGAUGGAGCCGCUAGAUACAUGCUUUCUCGCGUGCCUUCUCCUUGCCUUUGCUCUUCCCAGUGAUGCGGACCCAGGAACAGAGUCCAACCCUCUCUCCUUCUGUUUGUUCCUUCUUCUAAUUGUUCCUUGGUGUUCUGCAUGCUCUUUGACAAACUUCAAAUUUUUGUUUUUAUGUCUUAGUGUGUCCGGUUUCAAUUCCCAUGUAAGAAGAUCCUUCUAAGGAAGGCCAAGAAUUGGUACUGAAAUUCUGAAUAUGCAUAUGUACAAAGAACCUUGAAUUUGUCCAAGUGAGCAUGACAUUGAUUCCGGUUCUGUGGUAUUUGUGUCUAACUUAAUUCAUCUUGGCACCUGGUCAAAAUAAAUAAAUUCAUCUUGGCAUGAUUAUUAUGUGGUUCAAGUGCUAAUCAAGUGAGCUGACCAUUUAGUUUCUUCAUCACCAUGCUAAUAGUAGAUUUGUGCCAUGCUAUUAGGAAUAACAUCUUGUUUUGUCAACCGGUCUCUAGUAAAUGAGAAGUUCACUCUUUGUUUACACUUGUGACUAAAACACAUUUGGUUGCCUAUUGUAAUUUCUGUUUUCAGAUUUUGGCAUGUUAUUCUCGAACAUAUUAUGGCGCCCGAUUUAUUUCUGGAAAAAAAAUUCCCCUUUCUCGAGAGUCCAUAUUCACUAUUAAUUUAUGAAAGUCAAUUUUCAUGUUGUUUAGCCUACAAUGCUCCUAAAAGUAUUACAUGGCACGUGGAGCGCAGGGUGAGUGCCCAUGUUAGCAAUGUUGUGUUCCUUUUUCAAGAUUUAGGGUUUAGUUUGGUUAAGAAAGCUUGUUGCACUGUAUUAACACUUUGAGGAUUAAAGCUGCGCUUGAGUCAGUUCGAAUAUUGUACAGUUGAUCUAUCCUGUUUAUUAGGAGUUAGAUCCAAAAAGCUAAGUUAUAUGUGAUAAAAUUCAACUUAUGGUCCUUCUAUAUUAUGGUUUGUAAUUUGUUACGGUCUUAGGGAAAAUAUCUCUCACAUAUAUUUGGACCCAUACAAACUAUUCAAUUUUUCUCAAUUACUGUUUGGAUUUUUCAAAAAUAGUCUAAGUAUAUGUAAGGCUCUAGUAAUUGUUAGAGAGCUCGGCAUUUCCUACCGCACCGGGCCACCGGCCCAUGUUGGCCGUGCAAUUCUGCAUAUACCGCCGGAAAUGGUGCCCCCUUCCCCAAUCCCCGUCCUUGCGCCCUGCCCGCGGUGGUGAUCCAGUGAGCCCCCUCCUCCACCAUGGCGUCGCCCUCGCCCUCGCCGCCGCCGUCCAAUUCGGGCCUCCGUACACGCCUCACCAAGGACCGACCGCCCGCCCCGUCCCCGUCCCCGCUCGCAGCCGUCUCCAGCCACGCCGACCGCGACCGCAUCAUCGGAGUGUUCCGGAGCGCGCUGUGCAGGGCCGAAUCCCCGGAAGCUUUCGCCCUCCAGGCGCUCCAGGAAGCAAUCAAGCCUCAGAAGCAAACGGUGCUGGUUCUAGAGGAGAACCAGUACUUGGAGAAUGCUCUCCGGAGGCUGCUGCAGGAACUUGUCUUCAAUCUGGUAAAGGAGUCAUGCAAUGUGGAAACUCAGUGGAUAGCGGAGAAAGUAGUUGCAUGAUAACACGCCUUCUUGAUAUGAUGCUUUACCUUUGUGAAAGAGGACAUGUUGAGGCUGGUAUGGUAUUCCAGCUCUUAGAAGAUCUGACGGACAUGUCAACUAUCAAAGAUUGCAAACAUGUCUUUGGGUAUAUCGAGAGCAAACAGGAUGUCUUGGGGAAGCAAGAAUUAUUUCGGCGUGGCAAGUUGGUUAUGCUGAGGACAUGCAACCAAUUACUCCAAAGACUUUCAAAGUCAAACGAUGUGGUCUUCCGUGGACGAAUUAUCAUGUUUCUGGCACAUUUCUUCCCGUUGUCAGAGCGUUCAGCUCUCAACAUCAAGGGAGUUUUCAACAUAUCAAAUGAAACUAAGUAUGAGAAAGAUCCCACCGCCGGAAUUUCUGUUGACUUCAACUUCUACCAGACCUUGUGGAGUCUUCAGGAGCAUUUCAGGAACCCAGCUUCGACUACUACAAACCCAACAAAAUGGCAAAAGUUUGCUUCUAAUUUAAUGGUCGUGUUAAGCACAUUUGAAUCUCAGACUCUCUGUAGUGCUGAUGGAAAGCAUAACAAUACUGAGCAGGAGGGGGAUGCUGCUUCCAAUAUUAAGUACCUUACUAGCAGUAAAUUGAUGGCUUUGGAGUUGAAGGACGCAAGUUUUCGAUGCCACAUCCUUGUCCAAUGCCUUAUAUUUUUUGAUUGUCUGAAGGCGCCUGGAAAGAGUGACAAGGAAGGUCCAUCCGAGAGCAUGAAAGAGGAAAUCAAAUCCUGUGAAGAGCGUGUUAAGAACCUCCUGGAGAUGAUUCCACAGAAAGGGAGGGAAUUCCUACGAAGCAUUGAGCAUAUUGUUGAGCGGGAGAGAAACUGGGUUUGGUGGAAGAGAGAUGGAUGUCCAGCAUUUGAAAAACAAACUUUUGAAAAGAAGUCGGGUCAAGCUGGAGUCAGGAAACGUAACCCAAGGUGGAGGUUGGGAAACAAAGAACUUGCCCAACUGUGGAAAUGGGCAGAACUAAACCCUACUGCUUUGACUGAUCCUGACCGAGUCCGCACACCAUCAGUUAGAGAAUAUUGGAAGCCACUUGCAGAAGAUAUGGACACAUCUGCCGGAAUUGAGGAGGAGUAUCACCACAAAAGUAAUCGUGUUUAUUGCUGGAAAGGUUUACGGUUUCAAGCCAGACAAGAUUUGGAAGGAUUUUCUCGAUUUUGUGAAGACGGGAUCGAGGGGGUUGUACCUUGAGAACUCCUGCCACGAGACGUUCAUGCCAAAUUCAGCCCCAGGUCCGCUGAGAA